UAUAUAUAAGGAGAGAUUAAAGGUGGAAGAAAAGCCUCUUGAACCAACCAACACUGGAGCCAGGAACAACUCAAGUGAAGUAAUGGGCUUGUUCAAAAGUUUUGUCUUCCUCUUAGGCCUGUGCCUGCUGCAGGGGUCCAAUACUUCCUUCAUUCAGCUGAAUGACAAUGGCUAUGAAGGCAUUAUCAUUGCUAUAGACCCUGCUGUGCCCGAAGAUGAAACACUAAUUGAGAAGAUAAAGGAAAUGGUGACUGCAGCAUCUACUUACCUGUUUGAAGCCACAGAAAAAAGAUUUUUUUUCAAAAAUGUAUCAAUAUUAGUUCCAGAGAAUUGGAAGAGCAAUACUCAGUACAAAAGGCCAAAAUAUGAAAGCUAUACACAUGCUGAUGUUUUAGUUGCACCACCUACCCUCCCAGGCAGGGAUGAACCAUAUACCAAGCAGUUCACAGCCUGUGAAGAAAAAGGAGAAUACAUUCAUCUCACUCCUGACUUUGUCCUCGGAAAAAAACAAGAUGAAUAUGGACCGUCAGGUAGACUGUUUGUCCACGAGUGGGCCCACCUCCGCUGGGGGGUGUUUGAUGAGUACAAUGAUGAUGAGCCUUUCUACAGCGCUUCGUCAAAGAAAAUCGAAGCAACAAGGUGUUCCACAGGUAUUACUGGUAUCAACAGAGUUCAUAAGUGCCAAGGAGACAGCUGUAUAACUAGUAGAUGCAAAACUAAUUCUAAGACAAAACUGUAUGAAAAAGAUUGUCAGUUCUUUCCUGAUAAAUAUCAAACUGAAAAGGCAUCCAUAAUGUUUAUGCAAAGUAUUGAUUCUGUCGUUGAAUUCUGUAAUGAAAAAAACCAUAACCGAGAAGCUCCAAGCCUACAAAACAAAAGGUGCGAUUCCAGAAGCACGUGGGAGGUGAUCAGCAAUUCUGAGGAUUUUAAAAACACAACGGCCAUGGUGACACAACCUCCUCCACCUGUCUUCUCGCUGCUGAAGAUCCAGGAAAGAAUUGUGUGCUUGGUUCUUGAUAAGUCUGGGAGCAUGGGAGGUUAUGACCGCCUAAACCGAAUGAAUCAAGCAGCCAAACUUUUCCUGCUGCAGAUCGUUGAAAACGGAUCCUGGGUGGGGAUGGUGCACUUUGAUAGUUCUGCAAGCAUCAUAAGCAAUCUAAUCCAAAUAAGCAGCAGCAGCGAAAGAAACAAGCUCUUGGAGAGUUUACCUACACGUGCUAGUGGAGGAACCUCCAUCUGCUCUGGAAUUAGAACAGGAUUUCAGGUAAUUAGAAGCCUUUACUCCCAAAUAGAUGGAUCUGAAAUCGUCCUGCUGACCGAUGGGGAAGAUAGCUCUGCAAAGACUUGUGUUGAAGAGGUGACAAAUAGUGGGGCCAUCAUUCAUUUUAUUGCUCUGGGAGAAAAUGCUGAUAAAGCAGUCAAAGAGAUGAGCAUCGUAACAGGGGGACACGUCUUUUAUCCUUCGGAUGUAGCCGAGAACAAUGGCCUCAUCGAUUCUUUUGCUGCCCUUGCAUCAGGAAACACUGGUGCUUCCCAGCAGUCCCUUCAGCUUGAAAGUAAGGGAUUAAAACUCAGCAGUAAUGCUUGGAUGAAUGGCACUGUGGUAAUUGACAGCACUGUGGGAAAGGACACAUUCUUUCUCAUCACAUGGAACCAACAAUCUCCCACUAUUUCCCUCUGGGAUCCCAAUGGAACACCGAUGGAAAAUUUCACAGUGGACACAGAUUCCAAAAUGGCCUACCUCAAUAUUCCAGGAAAUGCAAAGGUGGGUGUUUGGACUUACAGUCUUCAACCAAAAGUAGACACAGAAAUAUUAACUGUAACAGUAAAUUCUCGGGCAGCAAAUCCUUCCGUGCCUCCGAUCACAAUGAAUGCUAAAAUGAAUAAAGACACCAACAGCUUCCCCAGCCCAAUGAUUGUUUAUGCAGAAAUUCUACAAGGGUAUUUACCCAUUCUUGGAGCCAACGUGACUGCUGUCAUUGAAUCACAGAGUGGGAAAACAGAAGUUUUGGAACUUUUGGAUAACGGUGCAGGUGCUGAUGCUUUCAAGGAUGAUGGCGUAUACUCAAGAUACUUUACAGCCUAUUCAGAUAACGGCAGAUACAGUUUAAAAGUACGGGCUCAUGGAGGAGACAGUGCUGUCACACGAAACUUAAGGCAUCCGCCGAACAGAGCUGCGUAUAUACCAGGCUGGGUAGUGAACGGAAACAUUGAAGGGAAUCCACCAAGACCUGAAACUGAUGAAGACAUUCAGACAAACUUGGAGAGUUUCACCAGAACAGCAACAGGAGGUGCGUUUGUGGUUUCAAAUGUUCCAGCUGGUUCCUUACCUGACCUGUACCCACCAAGUCAAAUCACAGACCUUGAAGCCACAUCAGAUGAGGAUGAGAUCAGGCUAACGUGGACAGCACCAGGAGAUAAUUUUGAUGUUGGAAAAGUUCAACAGUAUAUCAUAAGAACAAGUGGAAGCAUCCUGGAUCUAAGAGACAAUUUUGAUGAUGCUCUGCAAGUAAAUACUACUGAUCUGUUACCAAACGAGGCCAACUCCAAGGAAACCUUUGCAUUCAAACCAGGAAACAUCUCAGAAGAAAAUGCAACGCACAUAUUCAUUGCCAUUCAGAGUGUGGAUAAAAGCAAUCUGACAUCAAAAGUAUCCAACAUUGCACAAGUACCUUUGUUUGUUCCGCAGGCAGAUGAAGAUCCUCUGCAUCCUGAUGACAGUCGCCCGAAUUCCGGAGUCAGCAUUUCUACCGUGGUGCUGUCAGUAGUGGGCUCUGUGGUCGUUGUUGCUGUCAUUUUAAGCACCACCAUUUGUAUCUUAAGCAAGAAAAAAAAUUCUAGUAGACCUAGAACAGGGUUUUAAAAAACAUCAACAACAAAAGUGACAGACGUUUCUGAAUUUUAAAAUUUGUCAUGUGUGAUCAUGAACUCAUGAAAAAAUGACUUUAAGAGUUCUAGAAGGGAUACUUCGAUUAAAUAUAAACAUGCAGAGGUAUUUGAAAAAUUGUGAAUCAACAUUAAAUUUAAAUAAUUGUAUUUAUUAUUAUUUAAUCAUAAAAGGUGAUGAAUAAAGAUCUUUUUCCCUGUUCAUACCUGGCUGUGUAUUAUCUGACACAAAACUUCUUUAUGAAAAUUCAGAUUUCAUCAAGAAGUUGAAGUUGUCUACCAGACUAGCCAAAAUACAAGUGUAAGAAAGCAAAUAAACAAUAUAUGAGAAGAAUGAACUUUGUCUUGGUACUUUUGAGCAUAAAUUGAUUUUGUUAUAGUCACCCGAAGUCUUAAAUUAUAUACUACUAUACACAAUAUAAAUAAAAACACAUUUACUGGACCUCAUUGAUAUGGAAGACACUAUUAAGGAAGCUGGGAAGAGGAAAUAGGUGGGAGACCCCUGAUGACUGGGAAUGCGAGUUUUAUUCUCAUAGUAUUCCUUGGGAAUUGACCUGGGCAGUAGGGCAUUUGGGGACUGCGCUGUUGAGACGGAAUUUCUGUCAGCACCAUUAGUUCUGCUAGUGGGCUGGCACCUGCUUGGCCAGUGCUAAAGGCUGUGGAUGUGCAGGUAAACAUGAAGAAAACAUAGAAAAGAUAUAAGUGCAGGGCAACUGGCUUUUUAUUGAGAGGGGGAAAAAGCCUUGAAUUCCGUAUUAGAAAUAAUAAAUAACAUACAACAGCCAGACUUUCCCUGUGUCCUUCCCACCCACCAACCACACAGCUCUGGAGGCAAAGCCUGCUAGCCUGUAUCACCCUCCUUGAUGCUCUGGGGCAAUAACUGUGCUCUGGUGGGACUCGGCUGUAGGCUCUCCCCUUCCAGGGCAGGCUUUGAUUUAGAUCUAUUUUCAGGACUACAUCAAGUAGCUAAUUGUGCAUUAGUAAGAAUAAGAAAAAUAACUAAAUGGUUGCCAUUGUUGUAUUCUGAACAAGCUAUAAAAUGUGUAGGACUCAGUACAAAAUGAAAAUGAGGAGCCCCUGUUCAAAAAUUAAUAAGAAUUUCACAACAGCAACAGCAAAGCAUUACACCAGGUACGAGGAUCUUCUAAGCAUGGGGCUCUGUGCAAAUGCACAGGUCUCAUGCCAAUGAAGCUCUCCCUGUCUACAGUCCAGGAUAAACUAGUGAGAGCACCUCUGGCGUAAAGCUUCUGCAUGGGUUUUCCAUUGUAGCCAUAUAGCACUAUCCAUGGUCUAACAGUUGAUCUAGUUACCAAGAAAAUAUAAGAUUUGGAAAUGAAACCUGGGCACUAUCACCUCUGACAGGGCAUCUAGCUCCAGGAAUAAAUCUACGCUGUCCCAGUAAAGAAAGAGGGAGGCCAGUGUGGGGAAAGACAGCCCCUAGUCAACCCCAGAGGUUCGAGUGACAGCAGGAUUCCUGAAGAGAAAAGAGACCACACUAGCAACCAUCUAACUGGCUGCUGCCCCUGGAGGUGGGCAGUUGGCAGUGUCACAAGCUAAGUAUCUGCCUGCAGGGGUCUAUCCAAGCUAUGGGACCAAGGGUGGUGUACAUUCACAACCUCAGCUAUUCAGCCAGGACUGAGGAAACCACUUUCUCAUGCUCCUACCCAUGUUACCUGGUGUUGGCUGGUGUAACAGAGCAUGUGUAAAUGGUGGGACCCAAACCACAGUGCCUGACGAGCAUGCACUAUGACGCCAGCAUAAAAUGGGACUCAGGAGGGCACAGCUCAAAGUAGCUGUGAAGUGAGCCAGGCCUGCUGCAGGUCUAACAGGAAAGUCUGGUAGCUAGUCUCCAAAAGGAUUUCUAAAGAUCCACAGCUCCUAUU